GAGUGGAGUUUCUUGGCCAACCGACCCCAUCAUCUCAUUUACCCACUUUCUCCCCUCCAAAUUAUUAUUCUCUCUUAUCUCUCUCUUUCUCUCAAUUCAUCAAAAAAGCUCUCUGCUUUUGCUUUUCAAUCCCUUCCAUCUCACUCCAAUAAUCCCCUGAUCUCCGAUCCACUCACCAAAACCAAAACUUUCUUAGAUUUCAUCAUCCGUCUCUCCCGAAAAAUCUCAUCUUUUUCAUUUCUCGAAUUCAUAUGGGAAACAUAAGCAGCAGCGGAGGCGAAGGUAGACGCCGUAGACAACGGCGAACCAACACCCUUCCAACCGCCGCUCCACCUCCUCCUUCCCUUCCUCCACCGCCUCCUCCUCCGGCUACAGAACCUCCACCUAACCGAAUCGUCUUCGCAGCAGCUACGCCGUACCCAAACCCUAACCCUAAUCAGCAUUACCACCAGUACCCUGGCUACUACCCUCCUCCGCCGGGAACCAUGCUUCCGUCCCCUUACGAUCACCACCACUAUCCUCCUCCUCCGCAUCCUUACCACCACCCUUGGACCGCCGGCGGGAGAUACCCUUACCCUCCUGGACCCAUGGUCUCUCAACCUUUCGUCGAGCAUCAGAAAGCCGUCACGAUUCGCAACGACGUUAAUCUAAAAAAGGAGUCUUUGAAGCUCGAACCCGACCCGGAUUGUCCGGGUCGGUUCCUCGUCUCCUUCACGUUUGAUGCAACUGUCUCCGGCAGGAUCACAGUCAUUUUCUUCGCUAAAGAAUCAGAAGAAUGCGUUCUCACAGCGACUAAGGAAGACGUUCUGCCACCGAUCACGAUGGACUUCGAGGUAGGACUUGGCCAGAAGUUCAAGCAGCCUUCUGGUACGGGUAUAGAUUUCUCCGUCUUCGAAGACUCUGAGCUGUUCAAGACGGCGGAAGCGGAUGUUUAUCCCUUGGCGGUUAAGGCAGAAGCAGUAGCAGCAGCUCCUCCUUCAGGUGAUGGAGAAGAGAGUUUGGGGUCGAAGAACGCGCAGAUCACUCAAGCGGUGUAUGAGAAGGAUAAAGGGGAGAUUAAAAUAAGAGUGGUGAAGCAGAUACUAUGGGUUAACGAGACGAGGUAUGAGCUUCAGGAGAUUUAUGGGAUUGGGAAUAGCGUUGAUGGGGAUGACGAUUCGGCUGAUGAUGCUAAUGAUCCGGGGAAAGAGUGCGUUAUAUGUUUGUCUGAGCCACGUGACACGACUGUUCUUCCUUGUCGACACAUGUGUAUGUGUAGCGGAUGCGCUAAGGUGUUGAGGUUCCAGACAAAUCGAUGCCCGAUUUGCAGGCAACCUGUAGAAAGGCUUUUGGAGAUAAAAGUUCACGGUAAUAGCGGGGGAAGCGGGAACAAUGCUGAACAUGGAGCAACAGGUGAACAAGAGCAGUCACAACACGUCUGAGUAUGGAUCGAUUGUUUACGACUUCCUUCGACCAUCGAUGAUAUAUACAUACAUAUAUGCAUGUGUGAUCCAUGUGUUAACAAUAAUAAUGUGUGCGAUUGCUAAUUAUAUAAAUACAGAGAUUUCGAGUUCA